CUGCUCUCCAACCCAGCGACCCAGCGACCCAGCGACCCAGCUCGGGUUCAUGGCUGAAACCUGCCUCCACACGCUCGUCAUGAGUCCUAGUGGCUGGCUACAGGCCGUAGCUACCGUGUGAUCGCCGCGGUACAUGCAUGGGGCCCAUCCCUAUAUCGUUCGCCGCGGAAGGCAGCAUCACCACCACGGUGAGAGUGCUUGACUGCGACAACCACCCUUCCACGAGCAUGCUGGCAUACUCCAGAACCAUGCAAGAUGGAGUCGGCCCACCUCACCAAAGCUCAUGAGCAUGUUCGAAAUGCGCAGACUGCUACGCUGAGCAGCAGCAUUGCGACUGCGGGAGACGAGCACGAUCAUGCCGCCGCUCUCUUCCACGACGCUUCUCAGGACACACACAACGCUGAGGCCCUCCGCAUCCUCAGCCUGCUCGAAGAUCACCACCGCAAGCUCGCCGGCCUGAUCAAGGAAGCCCCGCGCAGGAGCGACAGGAAGAGCAGCAGUAGCACAAGCAAGCUCCCGGAGAGCACCACGACCCCGUCCUCUACAAAGGCCGCUAGCCCACGAACGCAUUCGCCCUCCACACUGUCGCCAAGAACGCACCGCAGACUUCCACAAUCAUCCAUCGCCAGCAACCUCGCCGAGAAGCGCGGCAUACCGAGCGCAAGACGCACCACGAGCGGCACUGCAGUCACCGUCUCUGGCGCCAUCGCAGCUCGAGACGGGCAAGCCACCCCUGUGAGAGACUUGCUGGAAAGGCAGUCGCGCAAGUCAGACCAGAGCAGAUCGAGGGAGCUCUCAACGCCAAAGGAGGCACCGCAGCCUUCGUCCCCUCCGCCCGAAGACAACUUCCGUCGAUUCUACUCUGCCUUUGGAGGCGUCAUAUCCGCCAUAUCCGCUCCCUUAGCAUUCACCUCGCUCCCGCUCAACCCCACCCCGCCGACACCAGCUCCAGAGCCUCCGAGAGCCGAGAAGUCGUCUGAAGCCAAGUCGCGCAACUCGUCACCAGAGGCUUCCCGUACCGUCAAGUCCUCCGUCCCUGACCUCGCUGCCCUGAUCAGCAAGCCAGCUUUACGCGCACUCCGUAGCGAUGGCGGUACGCCUCUCAACCCCAACGAGUCGUUCUACCUUGUCCCCACGUCUGGCGGCACGGUCACAUACGCAAGCAUGCUACAGGGCUCCGGCGCCCAACCUUACCACCUCAACCCCAUCGAUGAAGGGUCAGGCUCUUUGAAGGGCAGUCACGAUGAAUUCGUCGACGCGCAAGAGAGCGUAGGACCACCCUCACCCACCAGCUCCCGACGCCCACGAUCCCGCAGCUCCGCGGGUCAAGUAACAGCCCAACGCACCAUACCGGCUGGCCGCGGCACCGGUCUCAAAACCCUCGAAGAACUUGCCCUCGAAAACGAAACCCUCAAGUCCCUCGUAGACAAGCAAGCCAAGCGCAUCCAGAUGUGGGAAACAAACUCCCAAAACCAGUUCAACGCCCUCGCACAAUCCUUCCGCGUCCGCCCGCCCGCCAGACUCUCCAGCGACCCCAACGCGCUCGCCCAUGCCCUGUCUCUCGGCGCAAACGCCAUGCCCGCUCUCCCCUCUCCUCCCAUCCCCGGCAGUCACACACACGACCCACACGACCCACACGACCCACAAUCCCCAGGCGCAACAGAUCCCUCCACCGCCAGAAGAAUCGCCGACCUAGAAGCCCAGCUCGCCGCGCAAACACACCGCUUAGAAGAUCUAAGCAGCACAAACGCCCAGCUAGCGCGGCAGAACGAAAAGGAUAAGCAGGUCAUUGGACGGUAUAGGGAGCAGUGGGAGAAACUGAAGGCUGGGGCCAGGAGGAAGGAGCAAGAGAGGAAGGAGAGCAGGCUGAAUGAGGUCAGGGCUGGAAAACAGACAAAGGAUAGCGAGAGUGCAGAUGCCGCGGGCGAGGUGGAGGAUGGGCCCGAGGAUGGGGAGGCGGAUUUUGGGAGGGCGUAGGCGUGACGGAGAGGUUAGAUGGUUAGCUGUCAAGUAUCGAUACAUAUAUCAUGGAUUCACACAUAUUCGUCGAAGGAACGAUGGGCAUAUGCCAGCCUUCUAUAUCGUGCAUCCUCAUUUUGAGUUGGAGUGGUGAACCGCGUCUGCCAACAUCACGCCUCAC